AUGAAAAGGAAGUACCUGCUUUUGGGUGGGCAGCGAGAGACUCCUCAGGAAUUCUCUCUCCCCUUCCACUUCUCUAGAAGGGUAAACGGAGAUUUUGAUAUCACCAUGAAGAUACUCUAUUGUGGGAUUUGUCAUGGAGACAUUCAUUUUGCCAAGAACGAGUUAGGCAGUCAUAGCAUCUAUCCCAUGGUUCCCGGACACGAGAUAGUGGGUGAAGUGAUAAAAAUCGGUCCAAAUGUCAAAAAAUUCAAAAUUGGUGACAUAGCAGGAGUGGGUCCAAUAUGUGGGACAUGUUCCAAUUGCUCCAAGGGUUGGGAGAGUUACUGCCCCAAAACAAUUGCAACAUACAAUGGACAUGACUAUGAUGGAUCAAUAACCUAUGGAGGAUACUCAAAUAAAAUAGUUGUUAAUGAAAAUUAUGCUAUUAUAAUUCCAAAAGGGUUACCACUAGAAAGUGCAGCUCCAUUGGUAUGUGCUGGAUUAACAGUUUAUAGCCCAAUGAUGCAUCAUGGAUUGUGUCAAAGUGGACAACAUUUGGGUAUUGUUGGAUUAGGUGGACUUGGUCAUGUUGCUGUUAAGUUUGCCAAGGCUUUUAACAUGAAAGUUACUGUCAUAAGUACUUCUCCUGGAAAGAAAGAGGAAGCUUUGGAAAGACUUGGUGCUGAUUCUUUCUUGCUUAUCAGUGAUCAAUAACAAA